AGGCACGGGGUGAAAAUCCCGGAAGUGCAGUAAUAUUGACAUCGUCGGAGAAAGUCGCUUUAGUCUCCGGUGUUGCCUGGUGUCGUUCAGUCCCUCCUGAAGCCAGACUCCCGGUCACGUUGCAUCCUCCGGGCCGAUCCUCGCCUGUGUUUGUGUGCGCCCCGUCUGACCAAACAUAUGAGUGUUUCACUGGUUGUCAUCCGGCUGGAGCUUGCGGAGCACUCUCCCCUUCCAGUAGGCUUCCAGUACCGUGCCGCCACCGAGAUGUCUGAUGAGGAAAUUAAAGAGAAGACGUUACGUACUUCAGCAGCCUACUUGGAAGGAAAGGCGCCAGUGGAAAAGACAGCAAUUUUGCAUCAACACAUUGGCAGGAGGGAAAUGACGGACAUGAUAAUAGAAACCAUAAGUCCAGAGUCACCGGUGGACAAAACAGACGACUUGCAGGCAGCUUCUAAUAAGGCCGCUCCUGACUCUCCAUCAAAACAGCUGCCGGAGCAGAUCACUUUCUUCAGUGGAAAUCCCUCAGUGGAAAUAGUUCAUGGCAUUAUGCAUUUGUACAAAACAAAUAAGAUGACAUCACUGAAAGAGGACGUCAGGCGCAGUGCAAUGAUUUGCAUCCUUACAGUCCGUGCUACAAUGACCAGCCAUGAUCUGAUGAAGUUUGUGGCUCCAUUUAAUGAAGUUAUUGAGCAUAUGAAAAUCAUCCGAGACUCAACACCAAACCAGUACAUGGUACUCGUACAGUUCAGUUCUCAGGCUGAUGCAGAUAGUUUUUACAUGUCAAGCAAUGGACGUCAGUUCAAUUCUAUUGAAGAGGAUGUUUGCCAGCUGGUGUAUGUAGAAAGGGCAGAGGUGUUUAAGUCUGAAGAUGGUGCCAGUCUGCCAGUGAUGGAUCUAACGGAGCUCCCUAAAUGUACGGUGUGUCUGGAACGGAUGGAUGAAUCUGUCAAUGGAAUUCUAACCACUCUCUGCAAUCACAGCUUCCACAGCCAGUGCCUACAGCGCUGGGAGGACACCACAUGUCCAGUGUGUAGAUACUGCCAAACUCCGGAACCAGUGGAAGAAAACAAAUGCUUUGAGUGUGGUGUUCAAGAAAAUCUCUGGAUCUGUUUAAUUUGUGGCCAUAUUGGCUGUGGUAGGUAUGUUAGCAGACAUGCAUAUAAGCAUUUUGAGGAAACGCAGCAUACUUACGCAAUGCAACUGACCAAUCACAGAGUCUGGGAUUAUGCUGGAGAUAAUUAUGUUCAUCGAUUGGUUGCAAACAAAACGGAUGGAAAAAUAGUGCAAUAUGAAUGUGAAGGGGACACAUGCCAGGAUGAAAAGAUAGAUUCUCUGCAGUUAGAGUACUCCUACCUGCUCACCAGCCAGCUGGAAUCUCAGCGCAUCUACUGGGAGAACAAGAUUGUACGCUUGGAAAAAGAUACCGCAGAUGAGAUUAACAAUAUGAAGGCCAAGUUCAAGGAGACAAUCGAUAAGUGUGACAGCAUGGAGCACAGACUGAAUGACCUUCUCAAGGAGAAACAAGCUGCAGAGAGGAGGUGUACUCAGCUAAACACAAAGGUGUCCAAACUUUCUACUGAGCUGAAGGAAGAGCAGGAAAUGAACAAAUGUCUGAGAGCCAAUCAGGCUGUGCUUCAAGCCAAGCUGAAAGAGGAGGAGAGUCUGAGGAAAGAGGCCUCUGAGCAGAAGGAUAUGCAGAUUGUGGAAAUGCAGGAGCAACUACGCGAUGUCAUGUUCUACUUGGAAGCUCAGCGGAAAAUCAACCAGAUGCCUGAGGAGGCACGGCAAGAAAUUCAAGAUGGCCAGAUCAACAUAGCUGUGGCAUCCUCCAGCUCUCCACCAACUUCGGGGAAAUCACGGAAGGGACGUGGAAAAAGAGGCAAAUAGCACGUAAAAAAGUUGGCAUUCUUUAUCGCCAGAGAUACCUUUUGGGCCUAUGUUUGUUUUCCCUUUGGAGUGAGAUAAAUUGAACUUUGCUGCAAAGAAGUCUCACCAGUAUCAUUGCUGGGAUGUCAGGAAUCCCAGAUUUAUUAUUUAUAGCAUAGUCUCUAGUCCUGAAUGAUCAGAGAUGUAGACGUAAAUGCUCUCUCUGAGAAACAAGCUUUUAAAUUAAAUAGCUGGGCGUAUGCUACAAGAACACAAAAGCAGAAAUCCUGCAAUUUCCAUGACCGAUUUUAUGACUUAUUUUAAAGUCUUGUCACCCAAACUUUACUUUCUUUAUAAUCUUCAAUGUUAGAGAGAAAUGGUAAUGACGCGGUCCAUAAAAAACUUGUAAAGGCCUUUAUGAGUGGAUGAGAAGUUAAAUUUUCUAUGGAGUAGAUUUACGGCAUAGGAUUUUGGAUAAUUUGUACAAAUUUAUUUUCAUUUCUCUGCAAAAUAUACUAAUUGUGAAAUUUUUGGUGCAAUUCCCCGGCAACUGUUUGAUUUAGAAGUGAUGAAGAUCAUACAAAUAAUUAUUUCACAGAUAAAUGUUAUAUAACUCUUGCAGGUUUAUUUAAUAACGUUUCUUGCUAGCGCUUCAUUUACAGGCUUGUAAUUUACAACCGUGGUAAUCACAAAUUUAAAACAAAAAAUUCCCAUCAUUCAAUGACAGAAGUAGAAAGUUCAUCUACCUACAAAUAUAUUAUAGGAUGAACCAAUACCCAGACAUUUCAUUAGGAGCCCGUGAUAGAACGGAUACACAAAUUCACCAUCUACUGAAUUGAUACGCUGCAUUCUCUUGACUAUUGACUGCAACAACAAAAUAGCAGCCUCCGCCAUGUUUUCAACAGCUACAUUUUAAAUCGUAGGAGGAACAUUAGUACUUUUCUGUAAGGUAAUACAUUUUGGCAUGAAACACUUGCUUGCCAUAGCCAAAUGUGCUCUUAAUGCCAUAGUGCAGCAUUCUGAUGCAAGGCACUUGCUGGAGAAGUUUAUAAAUUACAGUAAGUCAAAAUGUAACUAUGUAUCACCCAGCAGUAGCUGGAAGGAUGAAGAUGCUGGUUCUGUAUCGACAAGCGUAACCAAAAUACUUAUGUUCCUGUGUGUUUUAAAAGGUGGAAGUCUAGUGAAUACAGACAUUACACUCCUGUCCUCCAAAAACUGAAUUCAUCCAGUAAUUUGGGGUUCUGUUGAUUUUGUUGUAUUGAGCCUAGUUUGUUGUCAGUUAUUCAAAUACAUAAGUAAUAAAUUAGUUUCAGACUCUUAA